GGCGGGGCAGGGGGGCGCCGCCGCCGGGGAUGCCCGGGGGGGCCGCGGGCUGAGGUGGCCCCCGCCCGCCCGCCGCCAUGCCGGUGAAGAACCGGUACAACCUGGUGGACGAUGGCUGCGACUCCCGCGUCCCGCUGCACAACGAGGAGGCCUUCCAGCACGGCAUCCACUUCCAGGCCAAGUACAUCGGUAGCUUGGACGUACCCAGGCCCAACAGCCGCGUGGAGAUUGUGGCAGCCAUGAGAAGGAUUCGGUAUGAAUUCAAAGCCAAGAACAUCAAGAAGAAGAAAGUGAGCAUCAUUGUGUCCGUGGAUGGGGUGAAGGUGAUUCUGCGCAAGAAGCAGAAGAGGAAGGAGUGGACCUGGGAUGAGAACAAGAUGGUGGUGAUGCACGAUCCCGUAUACAGAAUCUUCUACGUGUCUCACGACUCGCAAGACCUGAAAAUAUUCAGUUACAUCGCAAGGGACGGCGCUAACAACUCCUUCAGGUGCAACGUCUUCAAGUCAAAGAAGAAGAGCCAGGCGAUGCGCGUGGUGCGCACGGUGGGACAGGCCUUCGAGGUGUGCCACAAGCUGAGCCUGCAGCACGCGCUGCAGAACGCCGACGGGCAGGCGGACGGCGCCAGCGACAAGUCAGCCGAGGAGCAGCCCCUGGAAGUUCACCAGAUAAAGGGCUCCAAGAUCAUGGAUGAGGUUGGCAUCAACUCUGAUGGCAUCUGUGUGUCCGAGAGGGGACCUGGAGAGCUGCCAGGUGCCAGGGGUGACCUCGGCCUGCUGAAACCUGGGCAAGCCUCAAAGGAUAAGAACUGCCAGGAUGCUGAGAACUGCUCGCUGCACCCGGCUGGCUCCCAGCCGCUGCUCAGCCCCAGCAGCCCCUGCUCCGCGGCCUCCAUCACCCCGCUGGCCUCCCAGCACUGCCUCCAGCUGCUGCAGCAGCAGCUCCUCCAGCAGCAGCAGCAGACACAGGUGGCCGUGGCCCAGGUGCAGCUGCUGAAGGACCAACUGGCGGCCGAAACGGCGGCUCGGAUCGAGGCUCAGGCCCGGGUGCGGCAGCUCCUGCUGACCAACCGGGACCUGCUGCAGCACGUCUCGCUGCUGGUGCGGCAGCUGACGGCGCUGGAGGCCCGGGACGAGAACCGGCAGCCAGUUGACCGCUCCCUGCAAAACCUGUCCCUGGCUCAGUCCCUGUCCCUGAACCUGAAGAACCGCUACAGCCUGGACAUCCACCUCCCGUCCACCUCCAGCCCCGCCAGCAUCCUGGGCAGCCCCGUGGGCCCCGGCUCGCUGCCGGCCCUGGAUCCUGGGGACUCCUACCUCAACCUCCUCAGCCUGGAGAGGGGCGGCCACCGCUGCGGCAGCAGGGAUGGGGACGAGUACCUGGCGGUGCUGGAGGGGCAGGACGGGCUCAGCCGGCGCGUGGAGGGCUCCGAGGUCAGCGACUUUGCUCUGCUCAAUGGCAGCAGCCGGCAGAAGGGGGACGACACGGACAGAGGGGACGAGGACAGGCGGCCGCAGCCCAUUCCCAAGCUGAAUCCACCACCUCCCAUCCUACGGAAGAGGUCAAGCAAGACCUCCCCGAGCCUGGAAGUGGAGGUGAAGCCCGAGAGCGCUGCCCACAUGAGCCUGCCCAGCCCCAGCAUCUCCAGCCUCACCAGCAUCACUGCCAGCUCCCUCACCCUCUUGGACCCUGAGGCAAGGACUCCCGCACGGAGCAGUGCCUCCAGCACGGAGCCCAUCCCAGCUGGGACCUGCCAGCGCGCUCUGGGCAAGGACAGGACUGGGGAGAGCGGGCAGAUGUCCCCCCUGGGCAGCAUCCAUGACCCUGCAGCCACUGAGGCCUUGGCCAAGGACUUGGCUGCCCUGGCCAGCCCCAUGGACAGCAUGCUGCCCUUCUCCCCUGCAGACAAUACGUGCUUGCACAUCAGCUUCUCUGAAGAUGAGCUGCUUGAACCAGAGCUGCACACUGCCCUGGGGCCCACCAGGGUCCCCUCUUAGUGGGACUGCAGUAGGUGGCAGCUGGCUCCCAGCAGCUCCAUCCACACUGCUCCACCAGCCCACACUGCGGCUGGGGGUCCUGGUGCCCUGGCUGGGAAGCAGGUCCUUUUGCUGUUCCCAUCCCAUGUAUGGGGCUGCCACACAGGAUGCGACCUGGCCAGCUCACGCCCUCGGUCUGCACCAGCUCACACUGCCUUCCUGCUGCCCCGUCCUGUCCUGUCCCUGCUCACACAGCAGGAUGCUGCCCGGGGUCCCUGCUCCAGGCAGACAAUUCGUGUUCAUCACUGCAUCCCUUCUGUUGGCCGGGUGGCUGCAGGCAGCCCCGCACCAAACCCUGGCAGGAUGUGUGCCAUCGCCUGCUCUGCAGCUCCAGAGGGCCGGGAGCAGGCAGGCAGCACUGCUGGAAGCCAGGGAUGGUGCUGGUUUGACUCGCCUUGGGGACAUUCCCACCCAGCCAGCAUUCCCUUGGGAUGCUCCGCAGCAGAAACCCCCCUGGGUGUUGAACAAUGGGAGCAGCCAGGCAGGGGCAUGGCACAGUGCAGGGCUGUGAACACCCGGACAGGAGGCUGCUGUCAUAACCCCAUUCAUCGGUUGUCACCUGCGAGUGGGAGCAGGCAGCACAGGCACAGUGCUGCUCCUGCACCCGGCUCCCCAAGGCAGGUGCCAAGGAUGGUCCAUGCUGUGCCCAACCCAGCUUUUGGGGACAGCAGCCCCAGUUCUGUGUCCCCACAGGGCAAAGCCACCACUGCCUCCCUCCACAGGUGCCUUUUCCCAUGGCCCAGCACUGGGGCCACCCCCCCAGAGGCCAAUGAUAGGGUGCAGAGCUGGCCACUGGAGCCCUGGGCUACAGUGGGUGACCCCCCAGAGGGAGGUGCACCCGUGCCUUGGGGUCAGGGAGGGAGAGCCCUCCCGUGCCCCUCGGGCUGCCGGUGGCUGCUCCAUCAUGCUGGUUUCAGGGUGCUGUGGUGUGGUUGGGGUUUGGUCUCGGAAGUGCAAGUGUCCUGGGAGGAGUUAAGGUGUAAAAGAGAAGCCCAGCUCUGGGUGAAGGGCACCAAAUGGCCCCUUGACCCUGGGCAGGUUUUGGGGAGGGACCCAAGGAGAUGCUCGUCCACCUCGGUUGUUUGCAAGAGGGCGUUGGGAAAGUGUUGGAGGGUCAAGAUGGGAACGUGCCAAGCAGGAAUGGAGCCUGGGAGCAGCCACAGUGCUCGAUCCGGGCACGGUGCUGCUCCCAUGGGGGGGAAGAUGGGAGGAGAUGGGACAUGCACCCCAAAGCCAGCCAUGGCCGGGAGGAGCAGGAUGGGAGCUGGCAGCAUCCCCACUGGGGCUUGUAAAGCUGGGGCUGGGCUGUCCCAUAGUGCGGUAGAGACGGCCCCAGCCCAUCCUAGGAAUGAAGUCACUGCAGCUGGUAACUGACUUUUAAAGGCUAUAAAAUAAAGGUGUCCACUUUGCA